AUGGCUGCUUCAUCAGAGCAAGAUGCAGAGAGACAGGUGUCGCCGGCGACAAACGAUACCGUAGAGAAGGAAACACCGAAGGACAUUUUCGAGACGGCUUCCUCAACGCCUGAGGUCAAGCCAGUGCGCACAAUACCCAAUGGCGGCCCUCAAGCAUGGCUCCAGGUCGUGGGCGCCUUCUUCCUCUAUUUCAACACAUGGGGCCUCCUCUCCAGCUACGGCACCUUCCAGGCAUACUACGAGACGAGCCUGCUCAAGGGCUACACCGCCUUCGAGAUCUCGACUAUCGGCUCCGUGCAGAGCUUCCUGCUCGUCUUCCUCGGCUUCGUCACGGGCCCCAUCUACGACGCGGGCUACUACCGCUACCUGCUGGGCGCGGGCUCCCUGCUCGUCGUCUUCGGCACGCUGAUGCAGAGCAUCUGCUCCGAGUUCUGGCAGCUCCUCCUCGCGCAGGGGUUCUGCAUCGGGAUGGGCUGCGGCUGCCUGUCCAUCAUGUCCGUCGCCAUCACCGCCUUCUGGUUUAACACGAGGCUGCCCAUCGCGAACGGGAUCGCUGCCUGCGGGAGCGGCGUCGGCGGUGUCGUCUUCCCGAUCGUCGUCAAAAAUCUGCUGCCGACCAUCGGCUUCGCGUGGACCGUCCGCGCGGUGGCCCUCAUCGUCCUGGUCACGCUGGCGAUCUGCAACGUCGUCCUGCGCGGCCCGGGCGCGUCGGCCAAGCGGCGGGCCCUCGUCCACCGGGAGUCGCUUGCCGACUGGCCCUACGUGGCCCUCAUCUUUGCGUACUUCACCGUCUUCCUGGGCCUGUACACGCCCUUCUUCUACGUCGAGAGCUUCGCCGUGGGGACGGGCAUCACGUCCGAGAACACGGCCUUCUACCUGCUGGCCGUCGUGAACCUGUCGUCUAUCUUCGGCCGGAUCAUCCCGAAUAUCCACCUGGCUGAUAUCAUGGGCCCGAUGAACAUGAUCAUGGUGACUAUGGCUAUUCUAGCUGUGACGAGUCUGGGCUUCAUCGGUGUCAAGAAUGUCGCCGGGGUCUUUGUGAUAUCGGUCGUGUACGGCUUCUUCACGGGCACUUUCUUUGCUCUCCAGCCGACGAUCUUUGUGCGCUUGACGGGGGACAUGAGCGUCAUGGGGACACGAUUCGGCAUGGCUUUCUCCAUCAUGUCGUUCGGGCUGCUCAUAGGUAGCCCCAUCAGUGGGGUGCUGCAGCGGUCGUUUGGGUCUUAUAAUGCCAGUUGGGUCUGGGCGGCAAUCACUUUGGCGGGGGGCUCGGCUUUACUCGGUGUCUCGAGGACUCUCAAGGUCGGUCCACGCGUGGGCAUCAAGAUCUGA